AUGGAUCGUUUUAGGCAAAAAUCUAAAAAAGAAAAACCGAUGAAGUACGUAGACAAGGACCAGUCUCCGUUAUUUAUAACGGAUGUCAAGGCGAUUAAAGAAAAUCUCAAAAUAAAGGAGAUUUUAAGAACCGUAAAAAUGAAUAGUAGUAUGCGAAUAAAAGCACCAAAAGGGAGUAAAGUUAUGCAAAAUAAAGAUUUUAACGAUAAUGAAGACAUAUUUGGUGUAGAUCAAAAUAGUGACGACCAAAAUAGUGAAAAUCAAAAUAUACCAGACCCACCAAGCGCAACAAAUCCUGACGUUAUCGUCAGUAACAACAAUGAAGAAACAGGCGAAGCUAAUGCUGAAGACACUGUUGAUAAACAUAGUGAGUCGGAAGAAGAAAUACUUGAAGAUUGUAUUGAAAAUGAAAGUACGACUGAUCCGAUAAUACAUGAAUCUAUCAGUGUACCAGAAGGUUUGCAAGAUUUCGUGCUAAUUAGUGAAGAAAACAAACAAGACAUCGAAGAAAUAGCAGACGUCAAAAUCGAUUCACCGCCCCCGAGCGAGAUCUCGCAUGUGAAGGCUCGCGACAGAAAACUAUCUUUGGAUCAGACUAUGUUAUCUAGACGUGGGGGUUUGUCACAGUCUGAAUUGGAUCUAAAUUCAAUUGGGAAAUCUCCGCUAGAGAGAAAAUCUUCCUUUUUUAGGAAAAAAAUGGAUAGCUUUUUGAAAAAUACUACAGAAAUAUUCAAGCGACAAUCAAUAGGCAGGAGCCAGUCCAUUCAGUCAAAGAGUUCUAUGUCGGUGUCACUGCAGUCCUUGAACGAGAACAUCGCGUGUAAUGGCCAUUACGGGGAACCCCUUCACAAUCAUGAAGAAGAACUUCAGAGGAGUACAACAAGCCUGCAAUCGUCGCCCACAGCGGCUCGAAGUACAUCUAGUUUGUCUAUAUCUCAGAGCGAGCAGACGUUACCUGAUCAACAGAGUGAAGGGGACAGCAUUUCUGGAAGCCGACCCAUACUGAUUGGAAGUCAGCCCUUAGGAGACACAUCCCCUAGCAUCAACAGUCUUAAUGAGACGUAUAUCCAAGAGUCUAUGCUCAAUCGAGCCAUAUCCAUGAGUUCCGGUUUGGAUUCUGCAAGCGGCCAAAAUCGUCGAAAAUCAAGAUCUAACAGGGUCACGUGGCUGGCCAGUGAAGGGCUCACUAACUACUUGCGGCGAGUCAUACAAGACGAGAAGAGUAGGGAGAUAAACUUAUACCACUCGUACCAAGACUUCUCCGCAAUACCUGAGAACAAUGUUGAGCCGAAGACGGACUCUAAAGGCAGACGGCUGUCGUACCAGCGCGCUGUCUCAGGAGAGGACCCACGCUACCUCGAGUCCAACAUCAGGAGAAAGCAACUCAUCCCCGAAAACUCUGAGCUUAAUUUGGAGCUGUCUGAUAUACUGGCUGAGUACUCCAGAAAUGGAGUACCGGACCUGAAAGGGUUCUGCAUUGCAAACAUCCCUGAUGAAGCGUUCGAGUUCCUGCAGUGGGCUGAGAAGCCACAGAACUUGGAGGAGUUCAUCGAUUGGAAGAAACUGCCGCAAGCGGAGGAGGCGCGGCAGGCAGUAAUUAAGGAGCUGAUCUGCACAGAAGCCGAUUAUAUCCGCCACUUACUGUCCAUAGUGCAGGUGUUUAUAGCCGCCGCCCAUGGACUGCAAGAUGCGGGGAAACUACUGGAUAUCGAUACUGAGAAACUUUUUACCAACAUUCCCGAUGUCCUGAAUGCAAGCCUUUACUUCUGGGAGACCACCAUCUACCCCAUGAUCGCUGAUGCUCACGAGAAAAAGGCUCCAUUCAACACAGAAAUCAUGGCGCCAGGAUUCAUGCAUUUUCGCGACAUGUUCCAGCCAUAUGAAAAAUAUGUUAAUGAACAAACAAAGGCACUGGAUUACCUCCGGUCCUUAUCAAACAACACAGACUUCAUGUGUUAUCUCACAUGGUGUUACCGGCAGAAGGCCUGCAAUAGGCUCCAGCUGGCUGACAUCAUGGUGAAACCGAUGCAGCGCCUGACUAAGUACAGUCUACUCCUGCGUCGACUGAUUGGACACACCGACAUUGAGCCUGAACGGACUUCUCUACAAGCCAUGGAAACUUGUGCUAAGAAUUAUGUCCAAGAUCUGAACCGAUCUAUACGCCAACGAGAAGAGUUAGAAAAGAUGGAUAAAUUAGCUAACUCGAUAGAAGCGUACGAGGUGGACUUUAAAGACGAAGAAUUAGACAAAUUCUUUCAUCUAUAUUCACAACUUAAUCUUAGAGCACCAAUGGUAAACUGCUCGCCGCAUCAUAGCAGGACAUUAAUACAUCAGGGGGAUUUACGCUUUAAGGACAACAUCAAGGAGAUGGAAGUUCGCGUAUUUCUUCUAACUGAUAUGCUGCUUAUUUGCAAAAAACAGUCAAAGGGCAGCUUGUAUCCGUACAAAAUGGUGAGACCAAAAUAUUUUCUCGAAAGACUUUUUACAUACCCAAAAGUAAGUCAACGCAAUCCUAAAGAGAUUGCGAACUUAGUGUUCGUUGCAGUCGAUGAAGUUGGGUCAUCUCUCAUAGCAUUCAGUUUAUCUGAAUCGUCAAAGGAUCCCAGCGCACAAGGAACACUAAAGAAUUGGGAACAAAAAAUACGCGAAGCUAGGUUAACAUACGACCUAGCAGUGUGGUUCACAAGGAACCCAUCGCGAGACCUCACUGAAAUGGAUGUUGAUUCAUCCUCUGACUAUGGCCUCAGCAUUCCGAGCGCGUCAAGGCCAGGCGCAAAACAAAGCUCGGAUGAAUUAAACAUUGACAGAGAAGCGAGAGAACGUGUCGCCGCGAUGCUCCACCGAAGCCUGGGAGUAUCGACUGAGUGCGAUAACUUCUCUCAGGCGUCGAUGAACACAGAUUCAUUCGACGGAGAGUUAUCCACCAGUCACGGAGGACGAUAUUCCCACGGCCUGAGAUACCCCAUGAAGCGAAACUCAACAGGAGGAAGUUCAAGAAAUUCUAGAUUAUCGAGCUUUCAACAAUCGACCAGCGCUGCAUCCCAUGACGAGCCGCAGCCGGGCCCCAGCCGUUACAGGGCGGGGACUUCUGUUGAACAUGUCAUUCCCCCACAGAACCCUGACGACGGAGUAACAUCAAUAACAGUCAAUGUAGUCAGCGAAAGCGAGUCAGAAACAGUAGUGCACUCACAACCGCCACCACCGUUAGUAGUACUACAACAUAGCUCCCCACACAAGACGCCGAUUCCAUCGCGUAGUUCGAGCACCAGCAGAAACACGCUGCGCGUGCAGCCGCAGAACGUGGUGAUGGCACUGGUGCAUAGCCUGCCGGACCUCACGUUCGAUACGUCGCCGCCACGUCCGCAACAAAGCCCAAGUCCUCAGUCAGCGUCUGAGAAGCUUUACCAAUCGCACCAAGAGCUAUUGCAGCGAAACCGAUUGUCAGCUCAGCAACAACAGCACUACCUUAGUCCUGAUCAUCGCGGCACCAGCUACCCACCUCCUAGUCCGACGAGAGCUUCAUUGAAGCGCGGACUGGCGUUCUCGUAUUCAUUCAAGAACCCUCCAUUAUCCAAAAUGGGGCACGUGAAUAGUCAGUCCCAACACGCUGACGCUGGACCUUCCACAAGUCAAGGAACAAAGGGAGAAAAAGGACCACCCGCUGGUGGCCAAAGUCAGGAAAAGGCGGACAAAAAGUCCAAAAACGUAAGCAGCAGGCAUAAGGGCGGAUCGCUGAGCCCGGGAUCACGAAAGGAGGACAAGGGAGGCUGA